AUGAAGACCGCAGUAGUUCUCUUGAUCGUUGCAUUGAUCGGCUGUGCCUGGGCUCAGGUCAACGUCGGCGGCCUGCAGGGCGGAGUCAUCAACGACGGUCGCGGUGGUCGCCGCGGUGCCCUGGGCCAGGGUGGACUCGUCGGCGUCGGUGGCGGUCGUCGCAACCCACCAGUCCAAGUCGGCGGACUCCAGGGAGGAAUCAUCAACGGUCGUCGUCCCGGUCGUCUCGGCAACAACGGUGUCCUCCAGGGUAACGCCGGAUCGGCCGUAGCCGGAGCCGGCCGCGACGCCACCUCCGUCGUCCAGAUCGCCGGCAGCCAACAGGGAGGUCGCCGCGGUCGUCUCGGCAGGCUGCCCAACGGUGGCACCCUCCAGGGUAACGCUGGAAACGCCGUCGCCGGAGGCGGUCGCGACGCCACCUCCGCCGUGCAGAUCGCCGGUAACCAGGGUGGCAACCGUGGAGGUCGUCUUGGACGCCGUCCCGGUGGUCUCGCUCAGGGACAGGUUGGCUCUGCCGUAUCCGGAGCUGGACGCGACGCCACCUCCGUCGUCCAGAUCGCUGGAAACCAAAACUAA